UAUAUAAACUGCCUCGUCCAUCCGUCCCCAAACGCUCCUCCGUCCUCCCGCCGCCGCCGCUGCCGCCGCCUGCCUAUCGCCGCCGUCGCCAUGGGGAGAAGACCUGCGAGGUGCUAUCGCCAGAUCAAGAACAAGCCAUACCCCAAGUCAAGGUACUGCCGUGGUGUCCCUGAUCCCAAGAUCAGGAUCUACGAUGUCGGCAUGAAGAAGAAGGGUGUGGAUGAGUUCUCUCACUGUGUCCACCUUGUCUCAUGGGAGAAGGAGAACGUCUCCAGCGAGGCUCUUGAGGCUGCCCGUAUUGCUUGCAACAAGUACAUGACCAAGCAUGCAGGAAAGGACGCCUUCCACCUCAGGGUCCGGGUUCACCCGUUCCAUGUGCUGCGCAUCAACAAGAUGCUUUCGUGCGCUGGGGCUGAUAGGCUCCAGACCGGAAUGAGGGGUGCUUUCGGGAAGCCACAGGGAGUCUGCGCCCGUGUUGCUAUUGGACAGGUGCUUCUUUCUGUGCGCUGCAAGGCCAACAACGCUGUCCAUGCUACUGAGGCUCUCCGUCGUGCCAAGUUCAAGUUCCCUGGCCGCCAAAAGAUCAUUGAGAGCAGGAAGUGGGGUUUCACCAAGUUCAACCGCAAUGACUACCUUAAGCUCAAGAGUGAGGGCAGGAUCUUGCCUGAUGGCGUCAACGCUAAGCUUCUCGGAUGCCAUGGUCGCCUCUCCAACCGUGCCCCUGGACAAGCUUUCCUGUCGGACGACAUCGUCGCAUAAUCCAGCAGAUUAUCCGUUGUAUCGGACAUCAUCUAGUUUUGCUGAACUUACAUUCCAAGUGCCUGUGGUGCAAUGUUAUCUUGUCUGAACCUUGUGUCGAAGAUAUAUCAUCUAUUUUGUGUUAGUACUACUAAGUCUGUAUGCCCUGUUGAAUCAUCGUUGUUUGAAUUCAUGAAUCUAUAUUUUUGCGAGA